AUGUCGCAGUCUCAUCAUGAGAUCACACUAGACAACCCUCACUACCAUGUAAAAGACGAAUUUGAACUGGUGAAAUCUCAGGAACUAAUAAAUGAUGUCAACUCAUCGAUAGAGGAGGCAGCUGUAGGAGAAGAAUACGAUAAUAGAGGCUUGAAGCAUGGUCUUAGAGAUAGACACUUGUCGUUAAUUGCCCUAGCUGGGAUCAUAGGACCCGGUAUUGCUGUAGGAGCGGCACAGGCUUUAGCAAAUGGCCCUGCAGCUAUGUUGAUUGGAUUUGGUAUCAUUGGUAUUAUUGCCCUAAUAAUGAUGCAAUCUUUGGGUGAGCUAACCACAAUGUAUCCCACAGGCGGUUCUUUUUCUACUUUGGGUGCCAAAUUUGUGGAUUAUGCAUAUGGUGGUGCUGUUGGAUGGAAUUAUGUCAUUGUUUGGGCAUGUGUUUUGGCAAACGAGUAUAAUGUCACUGCGGCGAUUUUUCAAUUUUGGGGCCCGCAAGUACCAUUGUACGGUUAUAUCUUAAUAUUCUGGGCUGCGUUUAUGGCGUUUCAAUUCUUGGGUGUUCGAACGUUUGGCGAGUUUGAGUUCUGGCUUGCCUUGUUUAAGAUAUUUGGCUUUAUUGCAUUUUAUAUUUUUUCUAUUGUUUAUUGUGCUGGUGGAGUCAAGGGAACCAGAGCAUUUGGGUUUCAUUAUUGGAAUGAGCCCGGUGCAUUUAAAAGUGGGUUUAAAUCCGUUGCUAGUUGUUUUACUUUUGCAAGUACAUUUUAUAGUGGUACUGAAGUUGUUGCAAUUGCUGCUUCCGAGUCAAAAAACCCUAGAAGAGCAGUACCUUCAGCUAUCAGGCAAACGGUUUGGAGAAUCUUGAUCAUUUAUAUCGGCAUUGCUAUAAGUUAUGGAUUAACCGUUCCUUAUAAUGAUCCCAGGUUAGGAAGAGAUACCAAGACAUUGAGGUCUCCAAUGACUAUUGCGAUACAAAGAGCCGGCUGGGAAGGUGGUGCUCAUUUGAUCAAUGCAUUUAUUGUUGUGAUUUGUAUCUCGGCUAUUAACUCAUCGAUAUAUACAGGUUCAAGAGCUAUGGUACAUUUAGCUCACGAAGGUUGUGCGCCAUUUUUUUUCAAGUGGGUAACGAAGCAAGGUGUGCCGUGGGUUGCAGUUGUGGUAAUGAACUGCCUUGGCUUGAUCUCAUUGAUGAAUUAUAGUACAGAUGCAGCAAAUGCUUACAGCUAUAUAGUGAAUCUAUCAGGUGUGGCGGUAUUUAUUGUAUGGGGAAACGUGUGUUUCUAUCACUUGAGGUUUAGAAAAGCAAUGAAACUACAAGGAAGGUCACUUGAUGAGUUACCAUUCAAAGCAUGGGGAUAUCCAUAUUUACCGAUUAUUGGGGUCAUUUUGAAUAUAUUCCUUGCCCUUAUACAAGGCUGGCAAUACUUUAAGCCAUUUGAUGCCGGAAAUUGGGUAGAUGCUUAUAUUUUAUUACCAUUUUUCUUUGUGUUGUAUUUCGGAUUUAAACUAUGGCAUAGAUCGAAAUGGGUUAAAUUGGACGAGGUUGAUUUGGAUGAAGGGAGAAGAGCCGAUGCCGAUGCAAAUGCCGAUGCAAAUGUCAUUGCGAAACGAAAAAAAAAGUGGCUAUUGUAG